GUCACAGCAUGUGCCUGCAAUGGUAAGCGCACUGCAGAGACAGGAGAUGGUCUUGUUACAAAGCAGAAAAGGAACUAGAAGAUGCAAGCAUACCUGAUGAACAAGUAAACAGCGCUGGAGAAGAGAAUUUGAACCUCAGAAUAAAAGAGCUGGAAAAGUCGGAGCAAAAACUGAAAGGUGUUCUAGAGGACUACAUGGAAUCAGAUUCUGUCCUAAGAAAUAGGAUGAAAGAGCUGGAGCUGUCACACAAAACACUUCUUGUGACGAUUGAUCAACUAAAUGUGAAGUUGCACCAGAUUGAAAAUGCAAAUGUGCGUGUUAAAGGGAAACUGAGAGACAUUCGGGAGGACCUGAUCAACUUGGUUGGAAACCAAGAAAAGUCAGAGAAGAAGCAAAAGGAAAAAUUAUGUUGGCUCCAGAAGCAGCUGAAGACAAAAGAAGAUGAGAUAAAAAGCCAGUCAGAGUAUUUUGAGCACUACAAGCAAAGGCAGAGACAACAGACAGCAGUGCUGAGAGAAAGGGAAUGUUACCUUCGGCGUGAGGUAUCUAGGCUGGAAAGGCAAGUUGUAGAUCUCAGUGGCCAUAUUGCUCUUUUGACCUCCAAAUUAGAAGAGGGAAUGGUGCAAUAUCUCCAGCAGAAGCUGGAAUCAGCAUUCAGUGAUACUCAGGGCUAUAAACACUCUGAUGUGGAAAUAAUGGAAUUGAAAACUUGCAUUGAAAAUGUGGAGCAUGACAUGAAAAGCCACCUCGAGACGUUUCAGCAAAAUCUGAAGUUCCUAAGGGAAAAAGAGGAGCACAACAGAAGAGAACAGGCAGACCUGCUGGCUGAACUCCAGUGCUCUCAGGACACUGAAGACUUUCUCAGAAGAAAAUUGGAAGAAUCUUGCCAUCACGUUUAUAGUCUGAAAUUAUCUGAAAUCAAAUUACAGGAAAAAAUGGAAGAGCUUUUGGAUGAAAACAGGGCUUUGAAAGAUCAAGGUAGGGUGAAGUUCAAAAAGAAGAAAGAAAAGGACUCACGACUCACAAUAUUGGAGAAUGGACACAACGGUGUUGACCUGAAAGGAGAUCUAAUCCAGGAUGACAUUCAAAAUCCGAAAUGGGGAGCAGUCUUGGAUUCACUCAUAAGCAGAGCUACUCAAACUCCAGUUGUGCUGCUACGUGGUAAAGAGUCUGAAACAUCAGGAUGUAGCUGUGAUGGGCUGAAGCAGACGGAGGAGCUACCAGAAGAACUUCUACCAGUUUUGGAACACAAUUCCAGUGCCUUUGCAAAAGUUGCUGGUCUAGCUGAGAUUGAGCAGGAACAAGCUAUAAAUCUACCAGCAAAGAUGAUCCCUGUUUCUGUGGUUGAAGCUUUGAUGAGGAAGAAGCCCCAGCUUACCUUGUUAGAACCUGAAAGCUACCACAUAUCAGCUGUCACCACUGUGAAGAAAGUGAGAAGUUUUGAUUUCUGUGAGGCAAAUACCACUCUUUGCUUUGAUGGCCCCUGCCUUGUUGCAAAAGUUGGAUUUUCUGACAAAGCUUCUGCACUUCUUCAUGGAAGGAUGCCUUGCACUGUGACUGAAAUUUUCACAUCAUCUUUAGAAAAAUGCAACAUGGGAAAACAUUGGGAAAACAAGAAAGUUCUGCCAAAAAGCACAAGUGAAAAUAAAUGUUUAGAUAAAGUUGUUAAUGUUGGAAAGUAUUACCAAAAAAUCUUUAGGGGGAGAGCUAAGGGAGAAGAAAUACAGAAUGAGAAAGCCCAACUACAACAGGUGACCAAUGUUUCUGAGGAAAGUUCUAAAGUUUUAAAUAAGACUGAAUUAAUCAGGUCUGGGAAGCAAGGAAUGGAAAGCACAGACAGCCUAGGUAGACAACAGGACAUCCAAAAUUUAUUUGUCGAUUUUAAAGACAUGAAGAAGUAUUUAGAAGGGAGCUCUGAACUAAUGGAGAAACAAGCAAACCUCUCAGAAAUCUGCAUCUCUAAUGUGAACAGGGUAGAUAAUGGAGAAGACAUAUUCAAAAUGGAGGAGAAAGGAGAGCAACCCACUCAACAAACCAACCCUUCCAGCAAUAUUGGCCUGAAAGAAAAGAAAGACCAGACCCUGAAACUGCAUGAACCAAAUGAGAAGAAUUUCUCAUGUCAUAAAAUAGUUGCUGAUAAUAUGCAAUAUGCAUACUCUCAGAAAUUGUUUUGGUCAGAGGAAGAGAGGCAUCCGCUAAACGCAUUGUCUCCUAUGCAGGAGAGGGCUGUGUGCUUAAGCAAAAUGUUCCUGCCAUGCAGCAAUUUUUAUGAGUGUCUCUGUCAUCUGUCACCACUGGAAGCUGGUAAUGAACAUAAUGUGAAAAUAUAUGCACUGGAAAAAGUGGUGGCUGUGUGUUCUCAGAGGAUAUUUCUGCUGAUGCAAGAGAAUAAAAAUUACUCCAAAAAAGUCUGUAUAUUACAACAGGAGAAUGAGAGAUAUGCUCAAAUGGUGUGUGCACUGGAAGAGGAGAUGGAUGCGUAUUUUCAAUAUAUUUUAGGGGUAGAUGAAGCUAACGUUUCAUUCCAAAACUUACUUAAUGAGAAAGAAGUUUCUGGUGGAUAUUACAAUGAAUUAUCAGAGGAAAACACCAUGAGCCUGGGAACAUUUUUUGUUGAAACCUUCUUUAGGAACCUCUCAUGUGUUGAAGAGAACAAUAGGAAUUCUGAAAAAGCCUUAUUGACAAUUGCAUCAAAUAAACUUCCCAGGAGUGUUUUAUCCCUGGAAAGAAGGAAAAUGAGAUAUUUCCAGCUGAUUUCUGUCCUCAAAGAAGAAAGAAGCAGAUACUUCAAAGAAAUAGCAAAAUUAUUACAAGACAAGGAGAACUAUGUAGCAAAAUAUAAUGAAUUAAUAGAAGAGAGAGAGGGAGAUUUACAAAGAAUAUAUCUUUUAGAAGGUGAAAAAGAAACUUUAUUGGGAUGUUUGGCAGAGAGAAAGUGUGAACAAGAGAAAUACAGGACCUUGGUUUCAGAACUUCAAGAGUGCAAAACCAGCUGUUAUCAAACUAUUUCUGAUUUACAGGAGGAAAAAUGUGUACUGAAAAGAGAAAUACACAGAAUCAAGAAAGAAACUUCAGAACAGCUUGAUGAAUUUCAGAAAGCAAAUGCAAACAUCGUUUUAGAAAAUAGCAAAUUGAAAGAAUUAAUGUCUUCUUUGGGUUUCACCUAUGAAGAGCUGAGAGAAGAUAAAAGUUUGGGGACAAAGGAAAAGAUAGUAAAACUAAAAGAAGAAAGUCAACAACAUGGUCUUAAGGCAGAGAAAGUUGAAACAGUGUCUAGUGUAACUCAGACUGAAGGAGAAGUAGUUCUGGUUAUAGACUCCUCAAACUAUUUCCCUGGAAAAGAGGGCAGCAUGUUUGAAAGCUACAGUGUGAUGAAAGAGCAAGUCGAAAAGGCAAAAGAGCAGCUAAAAAUACAGCAAAAGGAAUUAGAAAAAUCAAAAAAAGAGGCUCAGAAAUGGUACACAGAACUUGGCUUUGCUGAAACAAGACACGAAGAAAUCAAAACCCGUUUGACUCAGGCUCUCUCAGAAUUAGACCAUCUUAAACAAGAAGUUGGGGACAAAAUUAUUGGAAAGCAGCACUGUAAAUUAAUGCCUGUGUACACUGUGAAAGAUGGCCAGGAAACGGAGAAUAAGAGAUUACAGCAGCAAGUGCUGACCUUGAAAGCCCAGCUCAGGGAUCAGGCUGCAUUACAAAAUCAGUUUCACGACUUGCAGAAUGAAGUGGAACUCCUUCAGGCUCAGCUAUGUGAAAAGGAAAAAGAAUGUCAGAAGAGAAAGUCUGAAGUGAAGCUGAUGCUAGCUCCUCCGAAGAUGCUUCCUUCUUCCACAGACAUUUCACAAGCCAAUGGACAGCCACAGGAUCAUGAGGCGUAUGUCAAAGUGAAUUGGAUGACUGAGUCAACACCUGCAAGCUCUCAGCAAGAGGUGGAUAGCACCCGCAGUCCUCACAUCACUCUAAACACGUAUUCUGGUUCGCCUAUAAAAUUAACAAGCCCAGAGAGGAUCAUAGCCUUGCAUCGAGAACUAAGACAAAACCAUCAAAAAAGUUACCAGAUACCUUCAGUUGUCUCCCCCAGCUCAAAUCUGAAGGCUGACUGCAACCUGCCUGUGAUCCACAAGGAAGCCCCUUGGCCUCUGCUGUCAAGGAUGAAGGAUGCACUGGCGCCUACAGAGCAUAAUGUUUUCUGGGCCACGAAGGGGAAGGAUCGGUUGUUGAAAUGUGAUGAUGUAUUUUGGGGUCAAAUAGGAAAUCAGCAUGCAGGUGCUAUUCCCCAGGGAAUGAAACAGAAAAAUGCCAUUAUGAAUAAGGCAUGGCUCUCUAGAGAAAAAACAGAUGGCUCAACCUCAGCUACCACAGCAAAAAGCUAUUUGUCAGACGUGUUGUCAGCAAGUAAUAAAGGUCGAAAUCCUGUGGGGAGAAAUCAGCUGCACAGGAAAGAAUAAAACCCGCAGAAAAUAAAACAAGGUAAAUCAUCUUAGCAAUGUGAUUCUCCCAUUGUUACAAAAGUACUAAUAAUUUUUUAAAACAAAGAUAUUUUACUAGUUAGCAUGGCCAGCAACUAGUUUGAGAUGACUGGAAGAUUUACACGAAAAAGAGCUGUAAUGCUUUUUAUGAUCAAAAUUUCAUAGAACAUUUGAGGUCACUGAAACCUAUGGAUUUUUCAGUAGCCAGGCUGCCUCCCCAUUUUCUUUUCAUCUCUUGUUUAUGAUUUGCUUUUCUUUUAAGUGAGACUGUGAAAUGACCUAUUAAAUCACUUUAACUUUUA